AUGGAUGCUGGUAAUCCUGAACAAAAAGCCAAGAAAAAACAAACGCCAACCCAACAACCAAAACAACGAUUCUGGCCUGAAAGUAUUGCUAAUAUUCAACCCCAGCUUCCUGGCAGUGACAUAACAAUAGAAAACAAACCAGAUGAUGAAAUUUCAACUUCAAUACACACUCAACCUGAACUUCAAACAGAAUCAGAAACGACUCAAAUUCAAACGCAUCCUCAAAUACAAUCCCAUCCUGAAGUUGGUUCUGUGUCAGUACCAAUGUCAAUGGCAGGUGUUCCUGUUUCCAUAGUAUCAUAUAAUGGUCAGGUGAUAGGUACCACUGCAUCAGGAAUAGUUCUAGACUCGUCUGGUUCCAUGGUUACGGUGCCAAAAUCAGAGACAACUGAUACAGUUACUACAGAAUCUGAAAACAGUUGA